GGCUUAAAUGAGGUCCUUAAUGACUAUAAGGAAAAGGCAACAGGAACCCUUCCAUUCAAAGACAUUGAGGGACGUAGGCGUCUACCUGAUCCGCAGCUUGACAAUUUCCCAGUUUCCUUUCUGCCGUGGACGCCAUCACAGGUAUUGCCAAAAAUGAAUGCUAACCCAGAACCCGAUGUAAACAAUGAUUGUUUAACUCCUUUGAUGAAAGCUGCCUGCACUGGGAAUGUAGAUACUGUAAAAUUACUUAUCUCCCGUGGACAUAAUGUUAACACUCAAUCUAAAUUAGGUGAUACAGCUCUUAUUUUGGCCUGUGCUGGUGGCCAUGAAGAAGUUGUAAAAGUUUUGUUGGGAUCUGGUGCCAAUAUAAAAUUACGAAAUGAAGAUGAUCACACAGCUUUCAUGGAAACAGCUAAUUCUGGACAUGUUCAAAUUGCCAAGAUCUUGCUUGAACAUGGAGCAAACAUUAAUACUUUCACUGACGAACUAAAAAUGUCAGCUCUAACUCUCGCAUGUUAUAAAGGCCAUUUGGAUAUGGUUCAAUUUUUACUUGAAUCGGGAGUUAAUCACCCACAAAGAACUAAUGAGCUGCAAAUUGCCCUGAUGGAAGCUGCACUAGAAGGUCACGUGCAAGUAGCAAGAUCGCUUUUAAAUGCUGGUGCAAACGCUAACAUGCCAGCAGAUAGUUUCGAAACUCCUUUGACUUUGGCCGCUUGUGGAGGCCACAUUGAAUUAGCUAAGCUUCUGGUGGAAAAUGGAGCCAACAUUAAUGAAGCAAAUGAUGAAGGUUACACUCCUUUGAUGGAAGCUUCGAGGGAAGGAUACGAGGAGAUGGUUGCCUUCCUCUUGAAGCAAGGAGCCCGCGUGGGAAGCAAGAGUAAAGAAACUCAUGAAACUGCUCUCACCCUGGCUUGUUUUAAAGGCUUUUUGAAGAUAGCAAAACUUUUAUUGGAAGCCGGAGCCAAUAUUGAGUCUGGGGCUUUUACACCUUUGAUGGAAGCUACUCAAGAAGGACAUUUAGAGCUUGUUCGAUAUUUGCUCGAAUGCGAGGCUGAUGUUAAUCGUUCUCAAAUUCCUACAAGAAAUACAGCGUUAACUUACGCCUGUGAAAGAGGACGUACUGAAGUCGCUAAUCUUCUUCUUGAGUUUGGAGCUGAUUUGGAACACAAAUCUAAAGGAGGUGUAACACCUUUAAUGAAGGCAUGCGCAGGUGGUCACUUAUCUACUGUGAAGUUGCUCAUAUCUAAGGGUGCUAAUAUUAAUCAACAGACCUUUAACAACGACAGGACUCCUCUUUCCUUGGCUUGUGGCGGAGGGCAUCUUGACGUUGUAGAACUUCUACUAACAAAUUUUGCUGAUCCUUCACACAAGCUCAAGGAUAACACGACAUGCAUGCAUGCAGCUGGGAAAGGCGGACACAAACCUGUGGUUCAACUUUUGUUAAAUCAUGCUAUUAAACAGAAACUUGAAUCACAAGCCAAUCAACAGGCAGAUUUUUUUGUUUUGGAUCAAACACCAAAAGACAAUCUGGGACAAUGCGAACCAGAUAGAGAGAUUGCAGACCUGCUUCCGAGUUUUAGCAAAUCAGAACAGAAAACAUCUCUUGAAGAUAAAGCCGACCCUUUAAAAUUUAAUGAAUUUGUCGAAAACUUUGAUUUAAUUUCAGUUCAAGGAUCUGGUCCUUAAUUUCUUUUCCAGCCUUGAAUAAUCUAUAGGUUUUAAAUGAAAGACUAGAUUAAAUGACUAGUAAAUGUAUUUAUAAUAAAUCCUUACUUGGGAGGAGAGAUCCCAAAGAAUUUUUU